AAAGUGUAUUGUAAGCUAAAAUGAACAAUCGUGGUUAUCGAUAGAAAUAAUCGUGUACACAUUAUAUGAACACUGCGCACUAUUGUGAAUGAUCGAAUAAGCACGUGUAUGAUUUGUUUACAAUUCGCAAAAUGACAUUUAAUACAUUUCUUGGUAUCAGUCGGUGCUAGUUGGAUAUUUUAGAAUAUUUAAACAAAAUAAGAAUGAAUAAGAGCGCACAGCUGUGUGAACCGAUGGAGCAAAUACCGGUGGCAAAGAGGAGGACGGUUGUAGGUCCAUGGAAGGAUGUUAAAGAAUUCCGCAGCGUUUAUGAAUUCUUAUUCGAUGAAGACACCGAUGUGGAUCAACAAAAACGAGGACUAAGUCAAAUUAAUGUUUGGAGUUUGCGACGUAGUACACAGUGCCCAGCAGGUGUGCUCGCAACUAAAGCGCUUUUAGAUGUACAACACUUAGAUAAGGCUGAAGGGCAGCAAGCUGUUUCUGAAAGUCUUUUACAAACGUUGUAUGCGAGCGCAUUCACACGUUUCUUCAAUUUUAUGUCAUCGACGAUGCAAACACAUAAUAUGCGUACAAUGUACGAUACGGCACGUAUGCUGGGACUACCAUCCUUUGUGGUAGAUUUGCGACACAUCUGUGCGCACGGACAAGUUCUACCACCCAUUGACAUACUGCGGACUUCCGUAAGCUAUUGCUUGAAUUGGCUGCGAAAUUACUACUGGUUUCCACAAUUAGAGUCAAUGUGUGAUGUGGAAGCGAGUAAAAUACGUCGCAAGGAUAAAACACUUUUCGAAGAGAAUAUAACUAAAUUAUUUAUAAUUUAUGAUGCAGCACUGGAAUGUUAUUGUAAAGGUGCGCAUAAUAUGAAAAGUGGAAAACGGCAUAUAAGCGGCAAGCGGCUGGCACAAUUGAGAGUAUAUUAUGCUGAACGUAAAUUGACUUCUCUAAAAGAUACUCUCGAGUUAAUUGUAAAGGAAAUAAUUACAUUGGUCAGACGAGAAAUUGGAAUCAAAGAUAUGUCUGAAAUUUUCAUUGAAGCUCUAUUAAAGAUUAAAUAUUUUUUUACUAUUGGAGAGUCUCACAGCGCUGGCGAACCACUUGAAUUUAUAAUUGCUGCGACGCAGAGCUUUUUCCGCAUGCUAGCAGUCCAUGGCUUUAUUGAGGAUGUAUUUUAUAGUUUUAUAGAAUUGGCAGAAAAUACGAACGUUUUGGAACUACGCCGAAAUGGUGCUAGUUUUUGGGCAGUGCGAAUAGCCGCUGGCUUUGUGGCGUUCAGAAAAUGCAAACAAAUGUAUAAAGCUGAAUUGGAUGAGAAUCCCAACACCAAAGAUUUCGAUUUCACUUCUUUGAAUCAAGAAAAUAUUACGAAAAAAAUGAGAAGGCAUUUAAUUUAUGCAGGCGUCGAUCUCAAAUGUACACCAAUUUUUGGGGACUCUAUGCGUCGACCUUGGGUGUGGGUGGUUGAAAGAAAUUUUGUUGAGCAAAAACUGCGCGAUAUAAAUCAAUAUAAUGCACCAAUUAUUAAAAGCAUUCUGCCGCUGGUAGAGCCACCGCUAACGACAUCGGAAAUUCGGGGCAUCUCGCUGCUUAUUGAUGCCUACUUUGGCAAGCGAAUCGGUCUUAAAAAAAACGCCGCAAAACCAACAAAUGAAGACGAGACAAUACACACAGCAAGUGAACUAUUGCAAGCGCUUGAAAAGCAAAGCAGCGAUACUGAAAAAAUGGAUUGUGAAGUGACAGAACCAGUGGUAACUGAUAAAGAGGAGUUUGGCAUUUGGACAUUAGAAAAAAAUGAUGAAUUAAUCAAUUGGGCGGUAUGUCCUUUGGGGCGAUUACCCUGGGACUAAUAGUUAAAUUGAUCCUAAUGAUGACUAGGGCUAUAUUUCCCUGCACCAUACACAUGUGUAUAGAUAAAUAUUAGUGUUACAUACUUAUGAAUGUUAAUGUUAACUCUGCGUAUUCAUUAAUUGAAUAUUUAACUAAAUAUAAAAUAUUUUGUAUGUGUAUUUAGUCAAAUGGUGCUGACAGUUAUUUACCUACAGUUAAUUUAGUGUACAUAUUUUUCUUUUAUUUUUCAUUUGAAAUAAAGGAAUUGACUAUACAUGCAUUUGUAUGCAACAAAAAUUUAAUUAUGUAUGUAUGUAUUAGAGCUCUUAAAAUUAUUUGAAUAACCCGAAACCCGUCUAUUCGAAUAUCCAGUUCGUACAAAUACCAACCCAAUAGAGACAUAUGUUACGACUAUUCGAAUAGUCGUUCUUCUGCGAGUAUUUGAAUAAAUGAAAAUUGUUUGAAAUCCAA